AUGUCGUUUGUCCUCUCCUUAAAACGGCAACUCUUAUUCACUGGUAUAAAUAUAUUAGAGAGACGCCAAAAACCGAAACACAAGAGAGAUAUGGCGGUGUGGUCGUAUCCACCGACGCCCAAGCAGCUGGCGGUGACGGCGUGCUGUUUCGUGACGGGGGUGGCGCUGUUCGCCGUCGGAGCUCAUCUUUCACUUGCCAACGUGGGCCCACAACAGGACCGGGUCAAGGCUCGCAGGAAUUUCGUCAAGGACCGACUAAGAAAGCUCCUGGAUGAUUAAUUGGUUUGAUGCUUUUCAAGCAUUGAAUUUUGUUCCUUUUUGUCUCACAGUUGAGUAAGAAAUGUUAUGUUGUCAAGUUGUUAAUUUCAACUCUUGAUUGAGUGAUGUUUUGUUAGUUCUAAGUUACUUAUGAUCACCAAAUGUUUAUAUGUAGACUGGUCUUUCUUGCCAAUGCCAUGUAAUUUUUCAAGAAAAACCCUGAUCCUCAAAAGUCAAUUCAACCAGCUGUUUGUUUGAG